UUGGUUUGACUUAUGUGUCAGAAACGAUAACAUUCUUCUUAUAAAAAGACAAAAAUAUAAUAAAUUGAUGUACAAUAUUAGAACUUAAAGGUGGUUUGAUACAAAACAGUGAGAAUGGGCCUUAAGAAAAAGAAAAACGUUAUUAUCCUAUCAUGUUGCAUGGUUGCUUGUUUUAUUUUGUAUCAGCUGUAUUUCUUCUUAACCAUAACAUCAGAAGCUAACAUGAAUGUAGUGGUUCCUGUACUGGAUUACAAUAGUAUUAAGGAUUUACUACAUUUGCGUUCAGAAGAUGACAAAUACCUCAAUGAACACGGCAUGAUUCGUGGUAUAUAUUAUGCUGAUAUCAAGAGUUACAGGCCAGAUUCAAACAAAGAAUUUAAGUGCAAAACAUCGCAUCAAAAAAUUCCAUUUGAACGAGUGAAUGAUGACUUUUGUGAUUGUGAAGAUGGUACGGACGAGCCAAGCACAACUGCCUGUCCUGAUGGUAUCUUUUACUGUGAUACACAAAGCCCAAGAAAGCAAACACUCUCAAUAUCAUCAAGUAAAGUAAAUGAUGGUAUUUGUGACUGUUGCGAUGGUUCUGACGAGUGGUUGCACAGUAACAGUGAUAAACUUCUGAGCCAAAGUUCACCUAAACAUUAUAGAUUCUAUGUAACCCAGUGCCCUAACAACUGUAACAAAUGAGUGAUAAAAAUUAGCACAAUUAUAUGAACAAAGUUGUAAAUAUUUGUAAAUAGUAAAACUAAAGAUUGUAAUAAAUAUUACUUUUAGGUGAAAAGAACCAAAUAGUAAACUAAAUAUCUAUGGAUUUUAUUAUAUGCACAUUAUUGUUUAAAACAAUUAGGAAGUCUUAAUAUAAUUAUAGAUUAUCGUAAUUCCCUUCUUUUCAGUCUCAUUGCCACAAUAUGCCAAUACAUGAAUAAUAUACAUCUGAUAGAUUAACACUGUCAAGUAUAUGGUCUUAUCUUAUGUAUAUUAUCAUACUACUUACCUUCAACUGCCCUCUGAAAAUAAAACCAGUUAUUCCUACA